AGAAACCACCACAGGUCAGCCUACAACAGUUGACAAUGACCAGUUCGAGUUCAAACUCGAGGACCAGCCGGUGGGUCUGGACCUGGCCAACAUUCUCCCAGACGAAGUGGACGCAACCACCGGCGGCAGAAGACGACCAGGCCGACGCGCCACCAAGAGCGUCAACUACAACGUCGACUCUCUUAUCAGCGCCGUGGGGUUAAAGCACGACGACGCCCACGCGAAAAACCCGCCCGACAGCGACGCCAAAACAACCGCUCACGAGGACGGCAAGUCAGGCAAAGAGAAAGUAGUACACGCACACGCGACUAAGGGCACACCAACUGCCAGUGGAAGAGGCAGAGGACGGCCCAGGAAGACACCCAAUGCCACAGCCACAGCCACAGCUACAGCCACAGCUACAGCCACAGCCACAGCCACGCGUAAGCGAGGACCAGUGGGUGGGGGAAUCAAGCGCAAGCGCAAGAGGCUGUCCGAGUCUGUGGAUGAACAUGGGACUGAGAGCAGUGGUAGUGAUGGUGAGGCAAAUCUGCCCACAAGAGCCAAGCCAUCCUACACAGGCAGGAGGAAAGUGGACGGCAAACAAGCCCAGCCCCUGACAUCGGAAUCAGAGUCGGAAUUCGAUGUCGACGACGCGGUUGAGAGCUCAUCAGAGGACGAUGUGA